AUGACGAUGGAGGAUCUACCCAAAGAGCUGGAACUGCAAAUUCUGUCCCAUUUAUCGCGGCCGGACUUGUUGGCCCUGCGCCUCACGAACAGAUACUAUGCAAACGUCGUGAAGCCUUUCGUCUUCGGCACCAUCCUGCAUUUGACUGGUACCAGGAAGCAGGACUGCUCCUUUUGGGUUCACAAAUACUCCGACAUCCCAAACCCGCUUGGUCUAUCCAAAAAAGUCGAGUACGCGAAGUUGGAUGAGGUAGUCGAGGAAGUGCUGUCUCUAGCACAUUUCGUGAAGAUAUUGGAAUUCUCACCAGCGUUCUAUCGAGAAGGUUUCUGGGAUGACUAUCGCAAAUAUCUGAAACAGGAGAUGGAGGAGCCCAUAGAUGGCGCGGACUGGGAAGGUGAUGACGACGCAUCGGAAGAGGACCCCGAGGGGAUAUUCAUGAACAUGGCAGAGAGGCGUAUCUGGGGGUAUCGGCAGCAGCGACUCGAAAGAGAAACUUCCCUGAUUGGAGCAGCGGAAAAGGUCUGGGAAGAAGCUAGAGCGGCACAGCAUGCCAACAGAGAAAAAGUCAAAGAGUCCAUGAGGUUGCUUGUGGGAAAGAUGGACGCUCUGGAGAAGAUCGAAGUCGACUCGUGGAAAUUUGGGAAGUUUAUGGGAUUGCAGGUUGAGAGCGCAGACAUGGAUGAGCAAUGGUGGGCCGGCCAGGAGCAAGAGUCUGACACCUCGUUCACAUGGAACAUGUUCGAAAUUCUGGCCGAAGGUCUAUACUACGCUGGUCGCCACAUCGAGGAUCUGUACAUUCACAACCUUGUGCUCUCACAAGUCAAUGAUUCCGCCGCUGCCAAGCAUACGUUUCAAAGCCUCACCAGGUUGACAUUGUCAUGCAGUAAGACUGAACUCUUCCUCGACGACGCAGCACCAUCCGCCAAGCUUGUCAAGCUCUUAGAGGCUGCUCAGCAAACGCUCCAGCACCUCGCCUUGAACUUCGGGGAGCGCCAUCCGUGGCUUCCACAGCGUGGCGUCCACACACUCGACAACGUUCUGAACAACGAUCCGCUCGUCUUUCCCCGUUUGAUCUCAUUCUCCAUAACCUCGCUGAUCAUUUCCGGCAUCUCGCUCAUCAGCUUUCUCAAGGUCCAGCCUAGCCUCACAACAGUCUCUCUUAAGGCCAUCUAUCUAGGCACUGCCGGAGUCACAUGGCAGACAAUAGUCGAUGCGUUACCACCUACUGUCCGGACUUGUGAGGUAUCAGGUCUGGGCCACGAGCCGCAUGCGGGAUUCGAGGCGCCAGUGGCGUACAACUGGAUUGGCGACUGGUAUCCUUACGAGAAUCCACUGAGAGGUUGGCGCCUCCCCGAUCGAACAGACGAGUGGGUUAGGAUUAGAGAUGUCACGUUGCAGAAAGCGGAUUGA